AUGCAGGAUUUUUGCUUUUUAUGGUCAAAUCUGUUAGAUGGGCCCUCAGGACUCAGCAUAAAUAUGAAAGCUGAUAUAAAAAGAGAUGGACCAGAAAUGGAUACUAUUGGCAAUGACAUUGAAAGCUUGAGUUUCUUUUAGUUUGAAACCAAUAAUAAAGAUUCACUUGAAGUCGACGUUGAUAUUCUUGUCUAGGAAAUCUCUGAUAAAAGAAACUCUGCUUAAGAAAUUAUAAAUCGUUAGAUAAAUAUGAUGUUCUAGAGAAAUAGUGGUUCUAUAUAAAAUUAAAGUUCUGAUUAAAACUUGAUUUGA